AUGGAGGGUGUGGGGCGUACGGAUGCGGCAGUUUUAGAGCUGCCCUGGGUACCGGUUUGUGUAAGGGGCUGUAAGCUUCUCGCCAAAGCCUGGUUCGGGGACACCGAGUACCGAGUGCUGCUCAGCGACCUGAAUUGUGUUUGGGAAGAAGAAAUGGACGCUGAAGCUAUUCAGACGCGCGCUCAGAAACUGAAUAAGCGUCUCAGCGCGCCCGUCACGUCUAUCUACUCCCACCUGCGUUCGGUGGCCCAGCCCCGUCUGUCGGGCCAGACAGAGGACCAGGAGGGAUCUGGCCACUUCUCCCUGGAAUACCGUGGUACCGACCUGACACUCAGGCUCAAAAGCUUAUUGGCAGGGGUGCCUUUCCACUGGGAAUUCUGCUGCACGUCCGCUCCCGUCACAGUGGUGUGCAGGCAGUUGGUGCGCCCUCUGUUGGCCAUAAGCCAGGUACUUCGGAGACAAGUCGGAGAGUUGGGAGCCCUGUUGAUCAGGAAGGAUGCAGAGAUCCAGGACUACAGAGAAAAUGGAGCAGCGCUCACUAGAAGCAGGCUACAGACUGAGCUGUUUGAGGAAGACAGAUACAGAGAGAACUUCAUCACUGAGACCCUUCCUCAGAUGGGUUUAUCACAGGAGAGUGUGCAGUUUGACUCUGACCUGCAGGAGCUGUAUGUGGCAGUGAGUUCUCAGAGAAACGGGCAGAAACGCAAACGCGCCGAUGACCUCGCGGAUCGGCCUGACGACAGCUCUGUUCCCGUCCAGAACGCGCCUGACACUGACCCUGCUGGGAGCAUGACCUCAGGUGACAGGUCUUCAGUGGGUGUCGAGAGGGAGCAGUCUGAAAAUAAAGAGGCUACAGGAGAACCCCAGGAGGCCGAGAGCGAACAGACUGUACCCCUCACUCCAGCUGUGGCUACCGCUGUCAGCCGCGCUGGCCCCCGACCCAAGAAGAAGAAAGCGCUUGGACUGUUCCGAUGA